AUGGCUUCAAGAGGUGGAGUUAUGGUAACUGGUACAAACGGUGCUGAUUUUCAGCACAGGGAGAAAAUAGCGGCUCAGUAUCAAAUUAGCGCAUUAAACAAGUCUCGUUUAAAGUACUGUGUAUUCUUCCACCAUGUGUUAUUCCUGGCAAUGCUGGCAAAACUAUCUGCAGAUAUUUUGGACAAAUUAGACAUAUUUAUAUUGGAGAUUGAAGAACUACAAAUUCCACAGCCACUCUGGUGGGAGUACAUCUGGUGUCUAUCUGUGGCAUUGUCUUUCUUGGGCUUAUCAGCAAUUAAGCGGAACAACAUUAAGUUCCUUCGCAGAUACAUGUAUGGUAUCGCAGGGCUUGGUCUUCUACCACUACUUUACUGCGUACUACACUACUGUGGAGAUGUUUGGCUAUAUUUGACAGCUGAGGAUGAUGAGGAAGAAGAAAUUAUGUUAUGGCAGGGUUACCCAUAUGGCUUGCUCUGGUAUGCAUUUGUACUCCUUGGAUCACAAGUCCAUUUCUUUCAACUGUAUUUUUCCUACAAUCUUUUGACUGCCUGGCGUUCGAGAGGUUCUUACAAAAAGGCAGAGUAA